CCGGGGCAUCUAGAGCUGUUCAGAGGAGAGAGAGAGGGAGGCUGGCUCGGGUUUCACAGACGCGCACUGACGCCUGACCUGCGGCACAGACUGCGGAGAUCGCUCUGAGGAGAAGCAGCGAAUGGGACAAACGCAGCGGAGCGCAGAGGAGUAAGAGUCCGUCCCCGAGACUCCGGGACAUCACUGACUGACAGACAGACUGACUGACGGAUGACUCUCUGCACAAUGUCUCCUGUUUUAACUUUAAUAUAGUUGCUCUGAGCGCACCAAGUUAGUUUGGAGACAGUUUGAAGAAGAAGAAGAAGAAACGGGACGUGUGUAAAUACCGUCUCCCCCCUCCCCUCCCUCUCACAGGCUCCAAAGUUUGCAGGUCGUCAGGAAUCCUCUUCUGCUGCUCAUCACCUGAUGAAUUUAGGGAUUUGCUUGUGGAUAAAACCAAAGUUACACGUCUAAAAAUGGAACAGGAUCGGAAGUGGGGGGUCACUGGAAAACCGGGUGAGGAGUGGAGGAAUCAGGGCGAGCAGCAGCAGCAGCAGCAGAAACCAUCAAAUCAGCCGCUGUGGAGAAACUGGAGAGAUUUAUCUGGUGUGACGAUUUGCAUCGUGGUUUCUGUCCUGUGUCUCGGAUUUUGCAUUGUGGUUUUUGUGCGGGCCUCAGAGCUGCAGUCGAGGAUUGUAAGCCUGGAGCAGCAGCAGAGGGACGCGCAGCUCUCCGCGUGGAUGGUGUCUCUGGAGCAGGUGGAGCCCAUUAUCCUGGGCCGACUGGACCAGAUCCUGGAGGAGAAGCUUGCAGCGAGACUACCGAAGACACGGGAGGUGAGGGAAGCCCCCCACAGCUGCCUCUGUCCCCCAGGGCCUCCAGGUCCUCCUGGACGAGCAGGCUUUCCGGGGGACAAAGGAAGUAUGGGAAUUCCUGGGAGAAUGGGCUUAAAAGGACAAGCAGGGGAGAAGGGAGCUCCAGGUGAACCAGGUCUGUCUAUCAUUGGACCAAGAGGACCUCCUGGACAACCUGGAACAAGAGGGUUUCCAGGCUUUCCAGGUCCAAUUGGGUUGGAUGGCAAGUCUGGACAGAACGGACCGAAGGGAGACAUGGGUCAGCGUGGUCCUAAAGGACAGCCAGGGGAACCUGGGCCCAAAGGGGAGAAGGGCGUAUGUGGAGACUACACUCACCGGAUGUUGCCCAUCACCGUGCGAAACAUGCCCUCAAUAAGCCCUCUAAUCUUAAAACGCCUCAAGCAGGGCGAGCCUGGAGCACAGGGACCGCCGGGACCUCCAGGACCCCCCGGACCCCCAGGAGUCCCGGGCUUGAAUGGAGCCAGCGGCUCACCGGGGAAGCCUGGUGAGCCAGGCAAACCAGGAAAAGACCCAAGGCUUUUACCAGGACUGAAGGGGGAGCCAGGUGUGCCAGGACAAAAGGGUGAUCGAGGCGACGUAGGCCCACCCGGUCCCGAAGGCCCAAAGGGAGUUAAAGGUGACCAAGGAAUUAAGGGAGAUGAAGGAAAGUGGGGUUUCCCAGGAGAAAAGGGAGAGAAGGGAGAACCAGGUUUCCCAGGCACUCCUGGGUUAAAGGGCCAGGCUGGCAUCCCUGGUACCCCUGGCAUCCCUGGCAAGAGGGGCUACAGGGGUGAGAAGGGAGAGCCGAGCAUUGCAGCCCAAGGAAUUAAAGGGGAACCAGGUUCACCAGGACUGCCGGGCCUAAUGGGAUCCAAGGGUGAAAAAGGUGACCAGGGAGCCAAGGGGGCAGCAGGUCCUGAAGGCCCAGCUGGACCAAGAGGUCCCCCAGGCCCAACUGGGGAGCCAGGAAAGGCGGAAAUCCAAAACAAUGAAAAUGAUAUUCGCAACAUACCCCUGAUGGGUCCCCCCGGCUUACCUGGACCUCCAGGAGCCCCUGGCCUCCCUGGUACCAAGGGUGAAGUUGGUCUACCAGGUCCACCAGGACUGGAUGGGGAGAAGGGCCCAAGAGGGAAGCCUGGAGAGUCUGGUCCUGCAGGCCCAGUCGGCCCUGAAGGUCCCAGAGGAGAGAGAGGUGUCAUGGGUUUCCAGGGACCCAAGGGAGACAUGGGUCCAGCUGGAUCACCUGGUUUAGAUGGCCCUACGGGUGAAAAGGGGGCUACAGGGGCCCCUGGCCCUAUUGGAUUACCUGGUGCAAUGGGUCCUAAAGGUGAAUCUGGAGAAGGAGCGAGGUCAGAGAUGAUCUAUGGUCCUCCAGGGCCCCCAGGACCUCCAGGACCAGUUGGCCCAGUAGGAUCUCAAGGACCUUCAGGGCCUAAGGGAGAGCCAGGCAUAGGCAUCAGAGGAGAAAAGGGAGCAACAGGUCAGAAAGGCGACAAGGGAGACAGAGGCCAUCUUGGACUCCCUGGGGCUCAUGGGUUAGACGGCAGACCAGGUCCAGUGGGUCUAAUAGGACCAGCAGGUGUUCCAGGGCCAGCAGGACCAAAGGGAGAGAGAGGUGAAAAAGGAGAUGCAGGAUUAUCAGGACCAACUGGGCCUCAAGGCAUCCCUGGUUUAGUAGGACCACAAGGACUCAAAGGGAACCGGGGAGAGAGGGGCAAGAAAGGCAACAGGGGGGCCAAAGGGGAUAAGGGAGACCAAGGAGCACCUGGAUUAGAUGCCCCCUGUCCGUUGGGGGACGAUGGCUUACCUGUACCAGGAUGUUGGAAUAAAUGACAAUAACUUUGGAAUGGCUGAUGUGAUUGUACAUAGAAUAUUUAUUUUUUUACUUUUUCCCUAUUCUGUUAUACCUGGAAAAUGUUUUUUUUUUUAAAUCCUAAAAAGAUAUGUCAGAAUUUUUUUGUACAAAUUGUUUAAUACAAAUGAUAGUGUUUACAUAUUCAAUUUUUAUAUCUAUGCAUUAUUUUAAUAAGAUUGGAUAAGUAAAAAUUAUAAUGUUGCUACAUAUGCAUGAUAUUUGUGCAUAAUGUGAAGUGGAUAAUGCUUAUUAACUUAUUGCAUUAUUUUGUUGUAAUAGACCAUGCUGCACAGAGUUGUGGGGCUGGAAAGAUGAUGUGUUAGCAUUUGGAAAGUCUUAGCUGAACUCUCCUCUUUGUGAUAAAGUCUAAAAAACAAUCGUGGACAAGCAGUGCAUUUAUACUACGGACAAAUGUACUAAAUGUUAACAGAGUGACAGAAAACUCUUUAAAGUCCGCACUUUGAAUUCUUGGUCACAUGCUAAUGUCGCACAGAUGAACACGCAGGCUUAAAAUGUCAGAUUUAAGGCUGUCACCAGACUAAACUAGACUUGUUUUUGUUACAUUAAUGGUUGGUGGUAAUGUCCAUCGGUCCAUCCACUUUGGUUUAAAGUCAGACAUUUUGAUAAAUAAUGGCCAGAUUAGCAUGAAGUUUGUAAUGAAUCCUGUAAAAACUGGUAAGUGUGUAUGUACGUAACAGCUGCAGAUACUGUCAUUAAAAAAAAAAAAGUACACAUACAACAUAGUAACAUUUUGUGCAUAAUUUAAUAAUAUUAUUUACAAUUACAUGUUUUGAUAGUUAUUACUGUGGAGCCCUGUAAGUGACAAAAGGCAGUAAAAUCAAAUCUGUUAAUCAUGCUAUUGGCUAAAUAGUUGCUUUCAAAUUUUCCUUUGACCUCCAGUCAGAAUAAUAGAAUAAUUAAAAAAAGAAAUAUGCUUUGUAUUUCUUUUCUUUUUUUUUUAAAUUUUCCUGCCUUGCUCCAUGUCUUACACCAUGAUUUUGCACUUAAAGUGUUUCAUGGAUAGAUACAUGUUACAAUAAUUUGACAAAGCUGACAAAUCUGGUCUCCAUAAAACGUCAGAUUUCUUCCAAAUCUUGAUAUCUGUAUUGCCCUCAAAACUCCAUUAUCACUUGGGCUGUAUAGCUCCAGCAAUGACACACUAUUUAUACAUUAGUUAUUUAUUACAUUAAAUGCUAUAACUCCUUUAUCAUUUCCCACAAAUCCCCAGACAAUGAUUCUUUUAGGGAUUUCUGGUCUAAAACAACCAUCAAGUCAAAAUUUUCCACUGGAGAAUCUGCCCAAAAAUAACAAGAAGAUGAUUUCUGAUGAUUUAGGAUGGUUCCUUCGCUGCCAUGAUCAAUUCCAAUCUUCGGUUUGUGCAGAAAAAUGUAUUUAAAAUACUGGUAAUGCCAAACCACACUAUACCAAGUGGUGUAUUAAUCAGUCAUUAGGGGACAGCCUUAAAUUCUGUCUUUGAGGUCUGAUAUCUCAUCAUUGAUGAGAAAAGUAUUGAGGAUAAUCACAGUUUGCUGUCAACAUUUACAUCAUGGAGGAGUGUGUCAACCAAGAUUUCUGAAACCAUUUGAAGCUUUAAAGUUGAAGCAUGAAAGAUUCUGAAAACUAAAUGUUUAGUCGUACAGCAGGAAAGCAGCAGCGCUAUUAUUUUUUUAGCUUCUUGUAUUUUCCUUCUGGUUUCAGUUCAUUGUAAAUAGUUAUGCCAAAUUUUAUGAGCAGCAACUUCCUGCUUUACGAUUGUCAGGCUCUGUGUAUUAACUGUGGUGUUUGUAAGUUGUUUGUGUAUCUGCCUUCUAAUCUGAGGCACAUUAUACAGCCCAUAUGGUUUGAUGGAAAUGCUGCUCACCCUUAAGGCAUACUGCUGCAGUCGCCACAUUGUCUCAUCCAUAUAUGAAGGAAGCUGUAACCUGCUUGAACAAUGGAGAGUUUUUAUUUUAACAUGUAGAACUAUAGAAUAUUUUAUCCACAGGCAGUCUUUACAGUGUAACUGUACUCACUAAGCUAACCUCAUUAACUUUACCACGUGACUCGGUUUUGAAGAAAUGGAUGGACUGACCGGAGUGGAGCUUGAUCCAUUAUAUGCUGCUGCUCUUUGACAAACCUUUGUUCGCGUUUUGCUCGGCCUGGAUUUGACAGCCAUGAGAAGUUGUUAUUGGAUCCUUGACAGUAAUAAAAUAUUCAUGGUGCUGUUGUUGCACAGUACCUCACCUUAACUCAUGCCUUAAUCGCCAGCUGGCCGACCAUUUUGCCGCCAUAUUGAUGAUAAAUACAUAAGUUCAGACGUGUUUUGAAAUGUUCAAAAUGUUCAUUGCGUUCAAAGUGACUAUCUUGAUUAAACAUACCUUUCUGAG